CACUAGGGGGCGGCAGCCAAAAACUGAUGAUGUUUAACAGUAAAAUACUUCCGGUUUGUUGCUCCGUUCGUAAACGCACAUGAGGGCAAAACUGGCGUAGUGCUACUUCGUCUUACGAUAGAGUCUCGCGGCUAGUGGUUAUCUCGGUUUCCGUGUUUAUCCUGUAACAUAUUCGCCCUCUUUUCGGCCAUGUUGUUCUUCCGGGCUGCAGCUCUCAGCUGCAGAGGUCUGCCCGCUCUGCGCUGCCUGCCCGCCGCCUACACCGGCUCCAGAACCACCGCUAACGUUACAUACAUCCAAGGCCAGAGCCCGGUACCGCGUAUCCGUGAAUACUUCUACUAUAUUGACCACCAAGGGCAGCUUUUCCUCGACGACACUAAAGUGAAGAACUUUGUCACCUGCUUCAAAGACAUAAAGUUCCUGAUCUUCUUCUUCAGUCGGCUGUGCUCAAAUCAGAGUGGUCGCUAUGAGGAGGACUUCCCCUUCUUGUCCCUGUGUGGCAGGGAGAGGAACUUUGUGCGCUGCGAUGACCGUCCCAUUGUCUUCACCCACCUGCUGCACAGUCCCGCGACGGCGCCGGGAAUCACGGGAGAUCAGGAGCUGCUGUCGUACUGCGGCGGGGCGGAGAAGCUGUCGGCCCCGUUCCGCCCGGAGGCGCUGUACAUGCAUCCCGUCAGCGGGCGAGUUUACCACCCCUGCUCGGAGCGCGGAGGGGGGGUCGGCCUGGUCAGGUCGGCUCUGGCCAUCGAGCUCAGCCCCUUCUUUGUUUACGCUCCAGAGCACUGCCAAUCGGGACAGCCGACACACUUUCUCUGGGGCGGACAGAAGCACACGCUGACCAAUGAGCUCGCAGGAUGCUUCCCCACUGCGGAGGAGGGCAGCGGGCAGAAGGAUGAACUGGGAUAACGACCAGAACUGGUCAGAAGUGUGCCCAAGAUUUUUCAAAUGCUGUCCGCGUAAGCCAUCAGUGUUCCGUACUGGCACUGGGAAAAGGCGAUCACAUCCUCACAGUUAUCACUAUGUGAUGUUGUUACUGUUGAAGCCUGAGCCAAUGUUUUCCUCCUAUCCUAGUUUUGUGAUAUGUGAGAUAUUCACUGAUGAUGCAGAGUGUCCCUGGCGUUUUGUGGCUUGAGACUACUCAAACAUAGCAGUGUCUCCCCUCACUACAGGUUGCAGUUUAAAAAAAAAAUAAAAACCUUUUAGAUUCCCUGGACUAAUCUGAAUCAUAUUUAUGGUCCUGAAGUGGAAAAACUAUCCAGAAUGUCACUAUAAAAAAGCAAGGAUUAGGGAACUGUCUGAAAAGAUUAACACACAAUACCUUUUUUGUUCUUUCCUUUCCUGUUAAUCCUUAAAAACAAAAAAGUUAUUUAUCAUCCGGACACUGAGGUCGGAGAGGCUAAAACUACAGCGGUUGAGAGACAGCAAGAGACUGAAAGGUGCUUUUGUUUAUUUUUUAUUUUGUGACACAAAGUAAAAAGAAGGUAAUAUAACAGUUGCUCAAGAGAAGAGAGACGUUACUUUGCACGUUGGGUACAGAUGGUUGUACAUUACACAGUAAUACAUAGUCUACAAAUAUAUAACGUAUAAUAUAUAUCAUAUUUAAAAAAAAAAUGAUAAAAUUUACAGAGUAGCAGAUAUCUGCAUCAGAGCUUAAUACAUAAUUUUGCUCUAAACGUAAUUAAAUUAGCUUGCAGAGAAAAAACAAGUUUGAAUCAAAUAGUAUAGUAUUCAUGUUCUUGAAAUACAAUAGAAAGAAAACAGAAUUGAACCUUAAAAUAUAUAUUUAUAUGUGAAUAACAAGGAACAUGUUCUCUGGCAAAAAGCAAAACCAAGAAUAUGCUACUGAGUGUACACAGAUCCUAGUUUAAUAAAGUGAGAUACUCUGAA